CCAACCGUAGGAACGUCAUGACCACGUGACCUCUCCACUUUGACUUCGAAGCGUUGUGUCGUACAACAUUGCUUCCGAAGUUUAGAAACACUAUUUUAAGUUUGUCAUCACUCGCCUGGAUCAAAUCUUUUCGUAUGGUAUUUAUUGAGAAGACGUGCUGCUGUGUAUUAAGUCAGUACUACGGAAGAAGUUGAAGAACAAGGCCAGAAACAGAGCUGAACUGGAGAAAGGCUUCCAGUCGGAUUACUCCAGCAUCGAGUAGUACCAGGCCAUGAUGGCCACAGAGGAGCUGUAUGAGGUUGAGAGAAUUGUUGGUAAACGUAAAAACAAGAAAGGGAAAAUGGAGUAUUUGGUUCGCUGGAGGGGCUAUACUUUUGAAGGAGACACUUGGGAGCCUGAAGCUAAUCUAACCAGCUGCGUGGAGUUUAUAAAUGAGUUUAAUCGUCAACACAGUGAGAGGCCAGGAGACGCUCCCUGUGUGCGCUCUACACGCAGGUCUCCCAGCACGGCUGUGGGUUACGCCUCCAUCAACAACGCACGCAAGCAGAUGAACAGGCCUCAGCCACAUAACAGCAGUGCAACUCCUACAUCUGCUCUGAGCACGCCUUCCACCAGUGUUACAAAACAACUGCAGCCACCACAGAAUGCACUGGAGAACAGGGACAUGGAUGCUAAAGCGGACACACAACAGCAGCCUUUUUUAUCCACGCCUACUGCCAGCACUUUACGCUGUAGUAUGGACCUGGUGAAGUCUGGAAUCAAAAUCUUAGUGCCAAAAAGCCCAAUGAACAGCCGAGCUGACUCGGAGCAGUCUCCCAGUGAGGCAGCACACAGUCUGGAACAGGGCGGAGAGGAGCCCGACUCCGUCCCCCCUGAAGUGGCCGUGCAGGAGAAGUCUGCCGGACAUGUCCUUGUGCCUGGCCAGGAGCGGGCACGCAUGGGCACACGGCCCAGGACACAGGCAGCUCUGCCUCCGCCUCAAGUUCCUAUCACACCUGCUGCUGUACGCACACUGAACGGGAAAGGUGCAUCAACACUUAUGGAGGCCUCGUCAGCCAGUGGGUCAGCCAGUGUACAGAAUGGCACAGCAGGAGUGGCAGCUGGCUCAGGUGUAACAAGUUCAAUAGGCAAACGGAGGCCUGAGGAACGCUCUGCCAUCGACAAACGCCUGCGCUUCAGCGUUCGUCAGACGGAGAGUGCUUAUCGUUAUAGAGACAUUGUUGUGAAGAAGCAGGAUGGCUUCACACACAUUCUGUUUUCUACCAAGACGUCUGAGAACAACUCACUAAAUCCUGAUGUGAUGAAGGAGGUUCAGAGCGCCAUGGCCACAGCAUCAGCUGAUGACAGCAAGUUGGUCUUACUGAGUGCAGUUGGAAGCGUGUUCUGUUUUGGCUUGGACUUCAUCUACUUAAUCAGACGACUUACAGAUGACCGCAAAAGAGAAAGCAUCAAAAUGGCAGAAACGAUUAGGGCAUUUGUGAACACAUUUAUCCAGUUCAAGAAGCCAAUUAUUGCUGCUGUAAAUGGACCUGCUGUUGGGCUUGGAGCCUCCAUCUUGCCCCUUUGUGAUGUAAUCUGGGCCAAUGAGAAGGCCUGGUUUCAAACCCCUUAUGCCAUCUUUGGCCAGACACCAGAUGCGUGCUCCUCUGUAACGUUCCCACACAUAAUGGGGGUUGCUUCGGCUAAUGAGAUGUUGCUGAGUGGGAGAAAGCUGACGGCCCAGGAGGCGUGUGCCAAAGGCUUGGUCUCCCAGGUGCUCUGGCCAGGGACCUUCGCUCAGGAGGUCAUGGCUCGCAUUAGAGAGCUAGUCUCUUGUAAUUCAGUUGUCCUGCGGGAGUCCAAAGCGCUGGUGCGGAACGUUAAUCGAGCCGCCCUGGAGCAGGCCAACGAGAGGGAGUGUGAGGCACUAAAGAGGGUGUGGGGCUCCCCACAGGGCAUGGACUCCAUACUGAAAUACCUGCAGAAGAUGAAUGACUUCUGAGUUAAUAAAAGAACAUGCAAAUAUAUUCACUCAACGUUACACAGUGGACGUCGUUCACAAGUGCCUGAUGGGAAAGACAGGAAUUUUGAAUUUGAAAUAAUGGCGGUUGUAAAUCUCAGUAUUGACCAUGUUUAUACAUUUGCCUGUCGAAAUAUGUUUCCUUUCUGAGGAGAAAGAUUUCAGUUUCGGCUGUAAAUAUUGCAGAAUACUUUUUUUAUACAUAGCAACUUCCCCUGAGGACACUGACACCUAACAUGUGGAGAACCACCCAGACAGGGCCCUCAGUUCAGGUUCUAUGCAGCUGAUGGAUUUUCUUCCCCAUUUUUUGUUCAUUUAGUUCAUCACCUCCUUUAAGAUACUUUAGGAAAACAAUAGUUUGCUUUUUUUCCUGCUGGAUUUGAAAAAUAUUUAAAUUUUUAGCAGGAUCUGUGCUUAUAUUCCAUCUUGUUCACUGAGUAUCCGUGUAUCAGUCCCCAGUUUCCAGCAAUGUGAGAAUCUCAAUCUGGUAGUCAACAGUGUUAAACUUCCAACUAUAAAAUUAGUUUAAAAGUUAUUUAUGCUUUAUGAACUGUAUUAAGUAUUUAUUGAGCAAUUGGAUAAUGCUUUCCAGUGUGUUUUCCCUUUCAGUUGAUUCAUUGUAAAUUUAAUCUCCAUGUGGUGUAUUAUGUUAAGAAUCACUUUAAUUUCUCAUGACUGGUAAUAUUCGUUUAGCAUAUUGUAGAUUUUUCUACUAUAAAACACUUCACUGGUUUUAUUUUGUCCAAUCUCUUUACUGAACAAGUCUAAACUUUGUGUUUGUUUUAGAAGUCUAGUGUGAGCCACAUCAAUAUAUUUAAUAUUAACACUAUUUGUGUAUCUCUUAAUUUCAUUUCAGUGAUCAAUUCAACCUGUUUUCUGCCCAGAACACAUGUAUGUACGCUUGCAGAAAGAGAUUCCUCAAGGGUUUGAUGAAUAAUUAAGGGCUCUACACACUGAUAAAGAGCCACACUGUUGCUUGGUUCUGUGUCCUCUACAGGUGCCCCAGAGGGACAAACCAAAGAACUCUAGCUGUAACUACGUGCAGCUUUUCCCCUGAGAGUGUACAACUGCAUUUAAAAUGAAGGCUAUAUUAAAGUCCCCGUGGGGUGUGUGUGGGAGUAAAAUGCUGGAAGUGUUUAGAUGAAGUUACUUUUUUUUUUUUCCAUCAUUGAAGGCAAUGUUAAAUUCAUCCUGUUCUGACAUCAUGGUUGAAACCACACUUGAGAAUUUCUGAACAAAAUGCUUGCUACUGAAUAAAUGUGGCUGGUGCUUUAGGAGCAGCAGCAGCAAUAUGACUGAG